CUUCAAUUGCAAGUUCUAAAUUUCAGAUUUGUUUGAUUGAUAAUAGAUCUCAAUGAGGCCUAUUUUACUGCAGGGCCAUACGAGACCCCUAACCCAAAUAAAAUACAAUGCAGAGGGAGAUCUAUUGUUCUCAGCAGCAAAAGACAAAUCUUGCAAUGUAUGGUUUUCAAUUAACGGGGAGCGUCUAGGAACUUAUGAGGGCCACAACGGUGCUAUCUGGUCUGUGGAUCCCUCGUAUGACUCCAAGCAUCUCUUGACUGGUUCCGGAGACUACUCCUCGAUUUACUGGGAUCUGGAAACGGGAAAGAUCCUUGAAAAAAUUGAAUGUGACUCGCCUGUUCGGUCUGUCGGAUUUUCCUACUCGGCUAAAGAGUUUUUCCUUGCGACAGAUCAAAUUGGCAAUAAAGACGCUGAAAUCUUGCUUUUUGACUCGCGCGAUCGAGAUCAAAUGAUGAAUACAAAACCAUGGCAAUCAAUUGUAAUGCCCCGAAGUCAUCCGAAGCUAACUGUGGUUAUCUGGGGACCUCAAAGUCAGAUUCUAAUCACUGGCCAUGACAACGGAGAUCUAAAUUUGUUCAACCCGAAGACCCAAGACAGAGUGACUCACAGUACAGGGUAUCAUGACAACCGAAUUAAUGAUUUACAAACUGGAAGAGAUGGACUCUUACUGAUUUCGGCAUGUAAAGACCAGACAGCCAGAUUAUGGGAUCCGUUUUCUCUGGACUUGUUGAAGACCUACAAGACUGACCGCCCUGUUAACUCGGCGGCCAUCUGUCCUAAUAAAGAUCACGUGAUCAUCGGUGGUGGUCAGGAGGCACAAGAUGUGACAACUACUGCGGGAAAAGUGGGCAAAUUUGAGGCCAAGUUUUACCAUAUGGUGUUUGAGGAAGAGUUCGCAAGGGUGAAGGGACAUUUCGGUCCCAUCAACUCCAUUGCAAUCCAUCCUGACGGAAAGAGCUACAGCAGUGGAGGAGAGGAGGGUUACGUGCGAAUGCACUACUUUGACCAGAACUACCUCGAGUUCGAUUUCGAACAGUAGCCACCGAAGAAAUAAAGACAUUCUAACGCAAGAGUAAAACACCAAUCUACAAAACCAAUUUCAUCGCCACGAUUCGUAGACGGAAAGUUACGGAAAUCUGCCUGUUGAUUUCAAGGCGAAAGCAGUACGAAUCGUUUGAUCAGAAACUGUUGAGUUAGCGGAAAAAACAGAAGAAAUUUAAUCAAUAUGAAAUGUUUUGACGUGGACACAGCUGUCGUGUCAUCAUUUAGGUUAACUGAUGAAUUUAUUAUUACAAUGGUUUUCAUCGACCAGGUACUAUUUUUCUUUAGAUUUCAGCUUUCAUUGGGAAAUUUUAUAAUCAAUUGAAUUGGUAAAUGUUAUUUGAUUUACUAGUGGCUGGUCAGUGAGUUUUGAUGUUAUUAACGUCUGUUUUCUUGAAAUGCCUGCAACUAUAUAUGAUUAUCUAAUGCGUCUUGCUUCGUACGCUUUAUUGGGAUAAUAUGGUCAACGAGGUUAAUAAAUUAUUUGCCAUGC